AUGGACCACAUAAGGCCUCGAGAGGACCAAGACGGCUUUUCUCAAUAUGCACAGGAGGUUGAAGAGGGCUACAAGGCAUCUUCAACCGAGGCUGGCCCAGCCGUGUCGCCACGCAUUCAGCGCCCGCCAACCCCGGAGUAUGACCACGAUGAGUCCCCUGUUGAUGGCAACUUCCCAAGUAUGAGAUCACCGACGUCGCCCGCGUCACCCGUCACCCCUCCGACCGAGGGCAGGCCCCUCAGCAUUAUCCCAGAAGACAUUAUUCGUGCUGCGGUCGCACCGGCCCCGGCAGCUCCGCCUCCGUCAGGUCCACUGCCCUCACUGCCGCCAAGAAGCUCGUCGCGAGGCCCACCACCUCCGGGGAGUGCUUCCGGCCGCCUGGGCCUGCCGAGGUCUCCCGCACCCCCAGGCCGGUCUUCGCCAGGCGCUGCCUCUCCUGCUUCUCACCCUCCGGCCGCUGCCUCCCCAGCCGUCGCCUCUUCAACUGUUACCUCUUCAGAAGCGCCUGCUUCCGUCGCGAAAAUGGCAGCCUCGCUGUCCCCGAGCCACGUCAAGUCCACCAGCUCCACCUCCAUCCCCUCCAUCGCCAUUAGCGACGACGGCGACGCCUCGACCAUCAAGGCAUCCAGCUCGCCCCAGCCCGCACCACGGGACGACGAGACCAAGCAGCUUGCCCCGGCCGGCGCCGAGGAAGCCGGCCCCGUCGUGCCUGCUUCGCCCGGCGAGGCCAACUACUUCCCCGCGGCCGAGUACUCGAAGCUCUUCUUCCCGGGGGACGUCAUCCCUGCGCCGCCGAUCAAGGCGAGCCAACUCGACUGUUUCACGGGCCACGCGCGGUUUGUCGCCAGCAAGAACGAGCAACACCCCGUCGCCUGCAUGGCGUGCAAGGUCGAGGACGCCGGCGCGCGGUUCUGCUGCUCGCACUGCACAGUGCGCAUCUGCGGCGGCUGCCGGGAGGCGUUGGCUACCAACGGGCGGGACCUGGCGAAGAUUAUCGCCUGA